AUUUGCGUUCGGUGUUGCAUUGUUUUGUUGUGUUUAGGAAGGAUUUUUUUAUUUUACAAUUAAUUAUUGAAUUAAACUAUUUAAAUAUAAUAAAUGUCUCUUAUUAAGAAAUCUAGAAAUGAUGCCAUUAAAGCAGCAGUUACAUCAUAUUUGGAACGAAGAAACUAUCCUUUCUAAUUUUGGGCUUUUUCAGGACAUAGAUGUGUUCAGUAACACCCACUCAACAAACCAAAGCGCUGAACAAAUGGCGGUGGCUACUAUUGUUCAAUGUGAAUCAAGUCGCACUAAUUCUAUCCUAUUUUCAUGCAUCAACAAUGAUUUUGCCCAAUACGACAUACAGUAUUCAAGGUUAGUGAACUUCAUUAAGGAAAUAAAAAAUGAGAAAGUAAGAAAUGAACUAUUGGGAUUAUUAAGUCCAUUACUCUGUCACUUGUACCUGGAAAUGUUACGAGGUGGACACAGCAGUGCUGCUCAAGUAUUUCUUAAGCGGCACUCUGCAACUUUGCCUCAAAAAGAUUUGUCUUACCAUCAACCUAUAGAUGGGAAUCUGCCAUCAGCAUUAUAUCGCCCUAACAGCUUGGAACAACUGUUUAAUUCUCUUCAAAAUGGUACUAUAGACAAUGAAACUCCAGAGAAGGACUACAUGAAUCAAAUAUUGGAUGAUAUUGGCUCUAUAUAUACUCUGCAAGAAAUUGAAUCUCGGCCAACUAUUGCUGCUUUUAGGUCUAGCAAAUAUGAUGUUUACUUGUCCCAAGAUGCACUGAAUAUGUUGAAAGCAUACCUGGCAAAGCAUGGACAUGUUCUUCUGAUACAAGUGCUUCAAACUUGGUUCCAUAUUGAUGUGAACAGUGAUGCUAACAAGAAAAAUUCUGAAGAUGAAGAAGAGCAAUUGGAGGAAACUAAUGUCUCAGUAAACUCAGAAGAAAAGACAACAGAAAUAAAAGAUAUUUUUGCUAAAUGUAAUGGACAUGCUGAAUAUCAAAGUGUGGACAAGGAGUUGAGGGAUUUACAAGAUGCGAUAAAAGGAGUCAGAGAAUCAUUAGCACCACUUAAACUGUACAAAAUAUCAGCACCGGACACACACUUAAUUUGCGCAAAGACUGAUACAAACUGCAAUAUACUGUGUGGAGGCUUCAGCAACUCAGAGAUUAGACUUUGGGAUCUCGGUCAGAACAAUGUGAAAAAGAGAGUGAAUCGGAAUAUAUCUGAAAUCGAGCUGGCCUGCUACAUGCCUGUGGAGCCUGCAGCUGAAGACAAUACCCUACAAAUUGGCGCAGGCCUACCACUCAGGGGUCACUCGGGUCCAAUACAAGCUGUCAACGUUUUGUGGAAAGAAGAAUUGAUACUCUCUGCUUCGCACGAUAGCACGAUGAGAGCGUGGAAACUCGGCGAUUACUCUUGCGCGUCCAUUUACAGAGGUCACAAUUAUCCGAUUUGGUGCAUGGAUGUGUCAAAAAAUGGCCUAUAUAUUGUGACGGGAUCUCACGACAAGACUGCCAAGCUAUGGUCGCUGGAUCGCACAUUCCCGAUCCGAGUGUUUGUUGGUCACACUUCUGAUGUUACUUGCGUGAAGUUCCACCCGAACGAGGCGUACAUAGCGACGGGCGGCGCGGACCGCUCGGUGCGCCUGUGGACGGUGUGCGCGGCGCGCCUCGUGCGCGUGCUGUGCGGCCACCGCGACGUGCUGCGCGCGCUCGCCUUCGCGCCGUCCGGCAACUACCUCGCCAGCGCCGGAGAUGACAAGAAGAUUAAAGUAUGGGACUUGGCCGCAUGUACAUGCAUACAUGAACACAGGGGGCACCAUGGGAAGGUGACAUCUUUGGACUGGUCCGCAGUCGGCAAGCCCAGCCUCACGAACAGAGUGGUAGCAGAUCCAGGAGACCUGUCCAUUGAGAACUCUUUACUAUGCUCCACUGGCAUGGAUGGCAUAGUAAAAGUCAUGUGGGAAAAUCAAACUAAGAAUAAACCAAUCUCCAGCCAAGAUGUUCAGUCUGCCACAUACAACACAAAGUGCUCCUACUUAGUUGAUGUACAAGUGCAGCCAGAUUGGGUAUUAGCUAUAGGAACUAAAAGAUAACAUAAGGCAGGCAAAGUGUAACUUUAAAUGUAAAUAAAACCAUUAUGUUAAAAAUCUAUGUAUUAUCUUAAGAAUGUAUCAAGCCUAGAUGUGCCAGUUUUAAGCUGACAGAAUGCAUGUCAAUAAAAAAUACUCAGU